CAGCACAACACACGCACACGCACACGCCGCAGACAGCAACACAUGACGGCAACAUCAUGGCGUCGUCCAGUACAUCGUCCUUUUCUUUGGACGCAAAACAUUAUGCUGCUUGCGACGCCGACGGGAAGCUGAGGAUCUGGGACACUCAGAAAAAUGUCCUACUUCAAGAAUAUACUCCCAACUUGCACCUCACAUCACCUUGCUCCUGCCUCAAAUGGUUGUGUACAUCGAACGACCCGGAUUCAGGAACUCCCAGUAAGAAAAAACGGAGGAAGUCAAGAGAUGUUGGGUCAGACAUCAUUGCCAUGGGCACUUCCAAUGGCCGCAUUUUGCUGUACAGCCUGGCCUCUGCUGGCGUCGAAGCCCAGCUAGAGGGAGGACACAGAAAUUCACCUGUUACUGGUCUCAGCCGGUAUCCCGGUACAAGUCUGUACAGCUGUGGAGACUCUACUAUUGCUGAAUGGGAUAUUGUUGGAAAGAAAGUAAAAAGCAAAUGGAAGACAGGAGACAAAGUUGGCUGUGUUUUGGUAUCUCCAGAUGGGAAAUAUGUGUUAUCAGCUGCCCGAUCAAUAAAACUGUGGGAUUCUGCCAACCAUGAACUCCUAAAAACCUAUACGGGUCAUGUCUCUCCUGUGCUUUCUCUGACAUUCAUAUCUAAGGCAGCUCUUAAUGGAGAUUUCUACUUUUUUAGUACAGCUAAAGGAGAUCGUUACAUAAAUGUUUGGUCCCUUAAUAAAAAGAAUAGUGAGAAAAGUGCAGUUGUUGCCAUGGUCCUAGAAAGUGAACCUGUUGGAUCAGUUUCCCUGUAUGCAGAUGAAGAAAAUGGUGCUGUCUCUUUAUCUGCUGUGACAGAAACUGGAGUUGUACAAAUGUUUAAUCAUCAAUUAAAUGGACUCUGUCCCAAGCCUCUGAAACCUCAUCUCACGGUGCAAACUGCAACAGAUUCUGCUAGAGGGAAGGAAAGUGUUGAGCCCAUACCAAUUGUUUCAGCUGUAUACAUUCUUAAAGAGGAACUGCGAAUUGGUUAUGGUACAGGAACUUUCCUGGUAUUUGAGAAUGUGGUUUUAAACUGCUCUGAGAAAAUUCAAGUUCUUGUCAGACAAGACCCUCGAAGAGCUGUUUUGGAGUCAUCGUCUGAUGUUACUCAGGCUAAAGUACCUGAUUCCACAAAAGCAAAUUACUUACUACCUACUUCUUCAAAUGCUGUUGUGUCUGGUGUUAAAAGGUCUCAUAGUCGUAAAACUGAAGUUCCAAUGGAAGAACGCCUAGAGAACCUUUCUUUAUCAAUGGCUCGCACUGAUGAUAGACCAACCGCCUUACCCAGGGCAGACAAUUUAGCUCAACUUAUGCUCCAAGCAUUACAAAGUAAAGAUAAAACCAUGUUACAAACUGUGCUCUGCCGAAGAGAAGAAGAUGUCAUUAGGAAUACUGUAAGAAGGCUUCCUCUUCAAGUGAUAGAACCCCUGUUGAAAGAGUUAACUACUUUACUUCAUGCUAAAACUGCCACCGCCCAAAUUGGAGCUAGAUGGCUUCGCAUUGUAUUAAGUACUCAUGCUGCACAUCUGAUGGCUAAUCCUUCUUUAGUGGAAUUAUUAGCUCCUGUCAUAGGACUAGUAGAGUUCAGACUCUCAUUACUACCUUCACUGAGCCGCCUUAGUGGCCGUCUUGACCUCAUAUCUUCUCAGCUUGAUGGAGCAACUGGUUCAGAUGAAAAUACCACACCUCUAGAUAUGCAACCUGGUUUACUCACCUAUCAAGAUGCAGAUACAUCGGAUGAUGAUGAUGCUGAUGACGUUGGAGGAUUGGGCAGUGAAAGUGAUGACCACUGGGAAGAGCUUUCAGACUCUGACAGCAAUGGUGAUGAGGAUGACGAUGACGAUGAUGAAGAAGACAAUGAUGUGGAAAUGUCUGAUUGAUUCAGUAUCUAGAACUUAGACUCAUCGGAUUUUAAUACUUGAAAUGUUGUAUUGUUAAAGCAAUGCUAAUGGGUUGAAAAUAUUUUGGAUGGUUAUGGACUUUAUUGUUCUCUGAAACUCUUUUAGUGCAUGUCAUGAAUUUAUUUGAAGAAAGAAGUGAUAAUUUUUUUUUUUUUUUGUGGGUGUGAAAUAUGAGCCGUGUGUCUCGGUGCAUUUAAAAUGAACAAAUUAAUUUCUCUCGUGGUUGUAAAUCACUGCCAUCCGCUUCAGGGCGUAAUAAAGUACAUAGCUGUCGUGUUAA